CUGCAAUCUCGUCCCCAAACGUGGACGAGGCGUCCUUCACAGAUGAACAGACUGCUGGUGCGACUGCAACCUCACUUUCAUCGCCGCUGCCUGUUGCUCCAACGAAGCAUGGCCACGGAAGCGGAACGCGCUGGCGCAGCCGUCGAGCCCAAGGGCUACGAGCCAACCCUCUUCGAUAAGAUCAUCUCCCGCGAGAUCCCGUCGACUGUAGUGUUUGAGAACGACAAAGUGCUUGCCUUUCGCGACAUCAGCCCCCAAGCCCCCGUGCAUGUGAUUCUCGUUCCCAAAGUCCGCGACGGGCUCACGCGCAUUGCCAAUGCGGAGGAGCGCCACAAGGAGAUCCUCGGCGAAUUGCUGUACACGGCGUCCGUCGUGGCGAAGAACGAGCAGCUCGAUGAAGGGUAUCGCAUCGUGAUCAAUGACGGUCCCCGUGGAUUGCAGUCUGUGUACCACCUCCACUUGCACAUUCUCGGCGGUCGGACGCUCAGCUGGCCGCCUGGUUAAGCCACUUUGACGUCUCUCCUGCCUUGGGCAUGUUAACCCUACUGUUAUAAUAGUAUAGGUUAAUGUAAGUGGCGUAGUGGCAGUAAUGUUAUUUUCAAAUUAUCAGCCCCUAUUAUUAAUGUUCCAAAC